ACAAGCUAUACUGGCCACAUACUGGAGGAUAAAAAGUGUUCAGGACUCCAAGAUUUCUGGAGGAGCGAUGGCAGUCGUUGGCCUAACAUGGGACGAUUGCAAUAAACGCUGCCCGCCAGAUGUCCAAAUCGCUUGCCACAACUCCAAAGAUAAUGUCACUAUAUCCGGUCCCCGAGAGUCCGUCCAAAAAUUUGUGGAAGAACUGUCAUCUGAGAAUAUUCUGGCUAAGCACUUCGAUACCGAUGGUGUGGCAUACCACAGCAAAUACAUAUCGUCAGCAGCCCCGCUACUGCUGGAACGAAUAAAGAAUGUCAUACCCCAGCCUAAACCGAGGUCUCAGAAGUGGGUGUCAACGUCAACGCACAAACAGUCGGGAAGUGACGUAUGUGAUGCGGCAUACUUCGUGAAUAACUUAUUAUCGCCAGUGCGGUUCGAGGAGGCGAUGCGAGCGGUGCCAGACAACGCUCUCCUCGUCGAGAUAGCACCUGUCGCCUUGUUGCAAAACAUAAUCAAACGGCAGAAGCCAAAUGCACUACAUUUAACUCUGUUACGCGAUGAUGCAUCCGAUAGCCUCGAACAGCUACUGACUGCGGUGGGCCGUCUAUAUGGAGCGGGGGCGCAGCCACAACUGACGUCGCUAUACCCGACUCGCACAUGGCCGGUCUCUCGAAGUACACCUGGCCUAGCAUCGCGAGUACUUUGGGACCAUUCGGUGGAGUACGAUGUCCCCAAGUUUAAGAACGAGCGCCGUAGUGACGACACUAUCGCAUACGAUCUUUCCAAACCGGAUGAUUCGUUUAUUGCGGGUCACAAUAUAGAUGGACGCGUGCUGUUUCCCGGUACAGGAUACCUGGUCCUAAUUUGGAGAACUUUGGCGAAACUGCACAAUUCAACCAUAGAGGAAACACCCAUAAUAUUUGAAAACGUUCAAUUUAAAAGGCCGAUUGUGAUGCCUACUAGCGGUCUGGUGGAAUUCACGGUAACGAUACUAAAAAACUCCGGUGAUUUCGAAGUAUCUGAGGGCGAGGGAGCGAUUGUUACUGGACAAGUUCGUUUAGCCAAAUCACGUUUAGAGGACAAAGUGUCUUCAAAUUCGUUGCCAAGUGAAAGUUCGAUAUCUUUAAAUACAGAUGAUAUUUAUAAGGAGUUCCGAGUCCGAGGCUUUUAUUACUCGGGCAUCUUUUGUGGUAUUAAAUCAUGUGAUAUAAAAACUUCGUCUGGAAUACUUGAAUGGAAUAAUAACUGGGUGGCUUUCUUAGAUACGAUGCUUCAAUUUAAAAUUAUCGGCACUGAAACGAAACAGCUGCAUGUAUUAACGAGCUUGCGUUAUGCCUUUAUAGAUCCUAAAACACAUUUGAACUCUUUAUCGGCCGGUAAAACCUUACCUGUUGUUGUUCGUGAAGAAAUUGAUGCUAUAUCCUCCCCGGGAGUUGAGUUUCAUGGAUUGAAAACUCGAGUUAUCCCCCGACUCACAAAACCACAACUUCUUCCUGUUAUAGAAAAAUAUAACUUUUAUCCUUAUGAUAAUAACAACUUGGAUUCUACACUAAAGAUACAAGAUGCUUUGAGUAUGAUGUUGCAAACAAUCACUGAGAAUUUGGAAUAUGCAGCAAAUGUGAAAAUGAUAGAAUUUGUGUAUGGAAGCGAUUCUGAUUUAAUGUUACAAGAAUUAAGUUCAAUUCUGCCCUAUCUAACUCGACACAGAUUUGAUGUAUCUGUAUCUGUAGAUACUAAACAAAAUCAAGGUGUUAAUUCGUUGAAUAUCGAAAACUUUAAGGUAAUUUUAACUAAAGAUUUACCAUGCACAAAUGAAUAUCAAAUUGUAAUGUCUAAAAAUAUACUUACCCAGCCUAUGGCUGAAAACUAUUUAAAAUCGCUAAGUUUUGCUCUAAUAGACUCGGGAAUGAUUCUGCUGCAAGAACCAGUCGGAACAUAUGAAAUUGACGUAACUCGCAAUUUAAUUGAAAAAUACAAAUUGAUUUUAGUAUCGAAACUAAAGACAGUAGACAGUGAUCUGUUAUUAUUGCGUCGCAAACCUACAGUUAAUAUUGAUAGUGUCAUAAUUGAGGUUAAAGAUGAAAGCUACGAUUGGAUAGACCCAUUACGUGAAGCAUUAAAGAAAGCAAAUAACAAUAGACGAGUAUACGCAAUAUCAAAAUCCUCUAAGAAUGGUCUUAUCGGUUUUGGUAAAGCCUUAAGAACAGAACCAAUUGGACGUGCUUUAAGAAUUUAUUUCCUGCCAAAUGCCAAAGAGCCGUUCUCGCUAAAAUCCUCAUUUUAUAUUGAUCAGAUAGAGAAGGAUUUGUAUACUAAUGUUCUGCAAGAGGGAACGUGGGGAUCUUAUAACCAUUUUAUUGUUCGUGACAUUUCAUUGCAGUCGGUGCAGACAGACUCUGCCCACGUAAAGAUAUUGACUACGGGAGAUCUUUCUUCAUUGACAUGGGUGGAAAACAACUUGCACAUACCAAGUGUUGAAAAAUGUUACGUGCGUUACGCGUCUCUGAAUUUCCACGAUAUAAUGCUUGCAACCGGAAAACUUUAUGAAGCGUCGGACAACAUGAAUCUCGAUGAUCAGGAUUGUCAGAUAGGACUAGAAUACAGCGGAGUUAUGUUAGACGGAAAGCGAGUGAUGGGAAUCAUACCCGGCCGUGGACUGGCGACUACCCUGAGAGUUAACACCGAUUUCUUUUGGGAAGUUCCAAACGAUUGGACGCUGGAGGAGGCGGCGACUGUGCCGGUGGCGUACGGCACGGCGUACUACGCGCUGGUGGUGCGCGGGCGCAUGCGGCGCGGCGAGUCGGUGCUGGUGCACGCGGGCUCGGGCGGCGUGGGGCAGGCCGCCAUCGCCAUCGCGCUGCACGCCGGCUGCACGGUUUUCACCACGGUGGGCACAGCCGAUAAGCGCGCCUUCCUGCUGGAGCGCUUCCCCGCCCUGUGCCCGGAUAACAUCGGCAACUCGCGCGACACGAGCUUCGAGCAGCUGGUGCGGCGCCGCACGCUCGGCCGCGGCGUCGACCUCGUGCUCAACUCGCUCGCCGGCGACCAGCUGAUGGCCUCCGUGCGCUGCCUCGCGCCCACAGGCAGGUUUCUCGAGAUCGGGAGAUUUGAUAUCACUGAGGAUACGAAUUUGGGCAUGUCCAUGUUUCUGAAUAACACCACCUUCCAUGGCAUAAUGCUGAAGGAUCUAUUCGGUUCGGUCGAGCGACACGCAGUAGUACGGUGCGUACGGGAGGGAGUGGCCAGCGGUGUGGUCACGCCUCUAGCGCGUGAAGUGUUCAACACCCAGCAAGUUGAACAGGCUUUUAGACACAUGGCAGCCGGGAAACAUAUCGGGAAAGUGAUGAUACGCGUUCGCGAGGAAAAUGGACCCCCGACGAAGAUACCAGCGCUGCCUCAACCACACAUACACCCUGACAAGUUCUACGUUAUUAUAGGUGGGUGUGGCGGUUUCGGCUUGGAGCUUGCUCACUGGCUGGUGUCGUGCGGCGCGCGGUACCUCCUACUGCAAUCCCGCCGCGCCCACCGCACUACAUACCAGACGUGGAGUAUACAGAGGCUCCGCUCGAGAGGCGCACAAGUGAUCAUAGACACUCGUGACUGCACCACCGAAGAUGCAGCUCGAAGUCUCCUCCAAGAGGUAUCUGAGAUAGCUCCAAUAGGCGCCAUAUUUAAUCUCGCUAUGGUGUUGAAAGACCGCGCUUUCGAGAACCAAAACCCGGAGACUUUCGAUAUGGUAUGCCGACCGAAAAUUAACGUGACGGCAACCCUGGAUGUAGCGUCACGAGAGCUGGCACCACAUUUGGAGUUCUUCGUGGUAUUCUCAUCGAUCACGUGCGGACACGGCAACUACGGCCAGACAAACUACUCCUACGCCAACUCCGCCAUGGAGAGAAUUAUUGAGCAGCGCCGCAGAGACAACCUGCCGGGGCUGGCGAUACAGUGGGGAGUUAUUGGCGACGUCGGCGCGGCUCUCGAUCUUUUAAAGUCCGACACCAAUUUAACGGGCAUGGGCGUUCAGAGCAUCACGUCAUGUCUACACACGCUCGCCGGACUACUGACACAGCAUAACCCGGUCGUCACGUCGUGGGUGCAACCCCAGAGGCAAGCCGCGACGGUCACGCGACAGGACGUUGGACCCGUCAUCAGUAAUAUACUAGGUGUCAGCCACACGGGGAAAUUCUCAAAGACAACAUUCGAGCAGCUAGGAAUAGACUCCUUAGUGAGCGCAGAAAUAAAAAGAACGUUGGAGAGACAGUACAAUCUCAUUCUAGAAAUUAAAGAAAUACACGCACUCACUUUUGACAAGUUACAAGAGAUGGUCAGUGGUCCUAAAGAGGUUUCAAGUUCUUUGGAUAUUCCAGUGUGUGGAGACAGGGAGCUGGUGCCAAAGAGUAUUGUUGUGAGACUGCCCAGUAUAGAAGUUAGCGGUAAUGUGCGUCCCGUUUUUAUGGUACAUCCCAUAGAGGGCGUAGCGACGCCAUUCCGUGAUAUAGCAGCCAACAUCCGCGCACCAGUCUUCGGCCUGCAGUGCGCGGACGUACCUACUACCAGUCUGGCCGAUUUGGCCGGGUGUUACGUGAAACAAAUUAGAGCUAUGGCCGACCCACCAUACACUGUACUUGGGUACUCUUAUGGUGCGGCUAUAGCGUUCGAAAUGGCUUAUCAGCUUGAACAGGUAGCGGGUUGCAUUAGAAGCGCAUACAACUGGGAGGAACGAGUCAACGCCACCGUCGAUUUACUGAAAAACAAAACACCCUUCCCCGCAGAUGAAAUUAAAAUGGCAGUCAACAGAUUCAGAGAAAUGACGAAAAUUAUGGACGAGUAUGACUUGAACAAGCGGCUUAAAGGUCACGUAACACUGCUCACCGCCAGUCAGAACUACGUGCGGGUUGAUGAUGAUUACGGCCUGAGGGAGAUGUGUUCUGGCCUAGACAGAAGACAGUUGCAGGCCUCGCACCGAAGUAUUGUAACAGGAGAGAGUGCGCGAGCAAUAGCCGAAUGCGUCAACGAAAUACUUAACAGCUCUGUAUGACUUCAUUGCGUCAGAUGGCUAACUUAAAUUGGU